AGAAAAGAUAAGUAUUUACUGAGUAAUCUGUAUGUAGGUGUGUCUACAGCUGUACACAUCAUUUGGUUACAAAUAUUACAGUAACACUAACCCCGACUUUCCGACAGAUUGCGACAACAUCAUCACGGACCUGAACGGUACUCUGUCCAGCCCACGUCACCUAGCAACCGGCACCUACCUUCCCAACAUGCACUGCACCACAACGCUCAGCGUACCAUCGUCCUUCCGCAUCCGGAUCUACCUCCGCCGACUGAACUUCUCUGACCCGCACAGCGGCGCAUGCUCAGAAGGCGACUUCUUGCACUUCCGGGAUCUGCAGUCGGACGUGCAGACGACGGUGACCUGCGCUGACCCCCACCGUGACGGCCAGCUGCUGUUCGAGUCCAGCGGCUCGCAGGUCGAAGUGCUCUUCGUCUCUGAUCACGUGACUCAAGGCGAGGGUUUCGAGUUGUCUUACGCCGGCGUUCCUUCGUGCCAGAACGAGACCUACAGCCAGUACUCCGGGGCAGUCUUCAGCAUCAACUUCCCCCGCCACUAUCCCAACAUGCAAGAGUGUUUCUACACCAUCAACGUCAGUGAGCACGACAACAUUAUCGAACUUUCCUUCCCUUCUUUCUUCACGGAGUCGGACGCGGCCAGCGAUGCAAGGCUGAGAGACGGAAGGUGCACGCGAGACUUUGUGGAGAUUUUUGACGGCGAGGCUAUACACAAGGUGUGCGGCAACUGGAGCGGCAAGGAGCACCUGCUGCUGUUCAGGUCCCGUGCUAACGUCCUGGUCUUCAGAUUUGUAUCAGAUGAGCAGAUAACGAGGCCUGGUUUCUACGCCACAUGGCAAACAAUCAAAGGAAAUAACAAAACUUGCCUGUCCACCUGGAUUGACACGGGUCACCUGUGCUUCCAGGUGAUGUACAACCCUCAGACCUGGGACGACGGCGAGGCAGACUGCAUAUCACGUGGGGGUCAUCUGGCCUCCCUGCUGGACAGUGACACUCAGCGUCUGCUCAACGAUCACAUCUUAUCGCAGACUUGCACGGACUGGGAGGCGUUCUGGAUUGGUGGCAGCGACAGAGAGUGGGAGUCGGAUUUCUACUGGACUGACGGCUCUAAAGUUGUCUUCACAAACUGGUUCCCUGGUGUCCCUUUCGACCGAUGGAGGCGGUUUGAUGUACGGAAGACAACCUAGUGACGAUGGGGCUGCUGACGAAGACUGCAUGGAGAUGAGACAGCGCUUUCCUAUCCGGACAAAGGUCAAAAGGUGACGUCCGGCUUGUAUUGGAACGACCGUAACUGUGGACAUAAAAACCAGUAUAUUUGUCAGGGUAAGCUAACUUGCCGCUA